AUGUCCAGCGGAUACUGGGGGCUCUCAGCGCAACGCGAGUACUUCACCGGCGCCCGUGAGCCACCACUCUCUUUCAGCUUCGUAGUGCCUUGUCCACUGUACGCGCGCACACAGGUCAAUAUGCAGCUCUCAGUCCUCGUCGCGCUCGCUGUUGGCAUCACCGGAUCGACUGCCGCGCCCCUUGGUGCGCCUUACAACAACAGCCAAAUCGCUCCUUUCCCUCCUUUCCCGCACCCUUCUCCUUCCGUCACGCGUACCAGCGGCGGUUUCCCUCUCAGGGCGCUCUCGUUUCCGUCCAACUUCCCUUUCAACGGGAAUCCUACCAGCUCUCCUUUCCCGCCUCUCCCCUCUGGCUUCCCCUUUCCUGUCGUGCCUCCCGCUGGCUCUCCUGGCGCCCCUGCAUCGUCCGACGGACCAAGCAUGACAUCCGCCUCACCCGGCGAGACAUCUGCUGAGGCUUCGACGACCGCCAGUGAGGUUUUCACUUCUACCUCAAGUGAUCACGACAUCCGAUGGCUCCUCGACCACGUCGACCACACCACGUCGACCACUGUUCUUCCGAGCACAAUCACGGGCGUCUCAACGGAUAAAUCAACGGACUCCCCAACCGGGACGACGACCGAUAUCCUCACAGGCGCCAGCAGUCUCCCCACCGACUCCACCGGUGUUCCUACCGAGAGUACCGGUCUCCCGACGGAGACGACCACCGUCACUACUGAGACUGCAACGGACAUCAUCGCCAGCUCCCCCAGCACCACCGAUUCUCUCCCCAUUUCAUCCACUGGCACUGACUUCCCCAUCACGACCACCGAUCUUCCCGUCACAACCAUCCAUAUCCCGGACGAAACCACUUCACCGACGGACACUCCCACCGCAGGUGAAACCCCUACGCUCACAAGCGAUAUCACCACUUCCACGGACGUCACAGCCACCGACGCACCACCCUCCGCGACAGUUGCGAUUCCUCCUGAGUCCACGGAGACCCCGUCUACCACUUCGGACCUGCCGACAGACUCUACUACGGAGGUGUCUCCGGCUUCCUCAGCGCCCCCGACAGAGACCGCCGAAGUUCCUACCCAGACGAGCGAGGUCCCAACUGAAACCCCCACCAGGACCACUGGCGUCCCUUCCACUACCGACGCGACCUCCGAACCCACUGAGACCGCGACAGAUGUUACGGCGGAGCCCACCGCGACUAUCUAG